CCAGAGGGGCUUCUGAAUGAUCUCACCCUUCAUAGUCUUGCCAGUUGAUCUCAGCUACGAAAUAAGGGGCUAGCUAUUAUUGGUGGAUGCGCGUUCGCUGUUAUGCAGUUGAGCUGAUGUCCAUACAAUUUAAUAUGAAAUCUAUCUGUUCUGGUUGCCUCGUUCUUGGGAAGCUUACUGGAGAGUAUGCUGUUCCCGAACUUGGAGCAAUGUCAGCCGCACAUCGCGUGUCAAAGUUGCUCCAACAUCAAAGAAUGCAGCACACAGACAGGGACCAGGGUAGUUGGCGUGUACUGAGGUUGGGUUGGGCCCGCUUAGGACGCUGCGCGUAAUUGGAGGGAGGACAGUAGGUACAAUUUGGAACACACAUCAACGAUACAUGAACCGUGUUGGCAUGAGUGGCAAACCAGGGCACUUCACGCUACAAGUUUGCCUGGGACGGUUUGUGUAGCAACGCUGUGAGGAA